AUGGGAGACCAUACACCAUCUCCAUCCCCCUCUCCCAGACCAAUUGUCUACUCACCCUCACAAGAAUUCAUCGGCAACGACGGCCAAUGGAGCGACUUCAUCAUCCGAGUUGGCUCACCCGCUCAAAACUUUCGCGUCAUCCCCUCCUCAAAAUCCAGCGAGAUAUACGUUCCUAUCGUGGACGGCUGUGAAAGAGACAAUAUCACGUCGUGCGGUCCCCUCCGUGGCGCAUACGACUUCAACGGGCGAGAAAGCAGUGGGUUCCUCGUAAAUAGCUCGUCGACCUGGCACGAAAUUGGGCUGUAUGAGAUGGAUGCGCGACCGGACUUGAAUUUCACUGCGAACGCCCUGUAUGGCCUCGACACCCUGGGCCUUAUGCUGCAGAACAGCGGAGGUCCUACGUUGUCCAACCAAGUCAUUGCGGCCAUGGCCAAUCCGGCUAUAUGGGUUGGGAUGGUCGGGCUGGGUCAAAAACCCGCGAAUUUCUCGGAGUUUGAUAAUCCGCAGGAAGGGUUGAUUAGUUCAUUGAAGAAGGAAGGAAAGAUUCCGAGUAAGAGCUAUGGAUAUACGGCGGGAGCUGCAUAUAGAAAACCCCAAGCAUUGGCAAGUCUAACGCUCGGAGGCUACGACCAGUCAAAGUUUGAUCAGAAUAAGAUCAUAUUCGGCUUCGAUCCCGACGACGACAAACCGCUCAGCUUGAACGUUCAGAGUAUGGUCGCGCAGAACACCUUCAACGGGAGUACAAAUCUUCUCGGUGUGGUGAACCAGCCAACAUAUGUAACGAUAGAUUACACUGUUCCGCAUUUGUGGCUGCCGAGGAGCGUGUGCGAUAUUUUUGAAUCGGCGUUCCACCUGACCUACGAUAACAGCACGGAUCUAUAUCUCGUAAACGAUACAGUACAUACGCAGCUCAAAGCAAAGAGUCCAACCAUAACAAUCGGUUUUGGGAAGACUGCUGAUCCAGCGGAAAGAGUGAACAUUGUGUUGCCGUACGGAGCUUUUGAUUUGCAAGCUUCGCAUCCGACAUAUCCAAACGCAACAAACUAUUUUCCGAUUAGGCGAGCGUUGAACGAGUCGAUGUAUACAUUUGGGAGAACGUUGAUGCAGGAAGCAUACUUGAAGGUCGAUUACGAACGAAGUCAGUUCUCGAUCCAUCAGACGUUGUUCCCGGACACGGGUGCGAAGCAACAGAUUAUUCCAUUGUUCAGCCCUUCUGAUUCUGCGGUGGGAGGUGACGAACACCGUGACGGAGUCCAUCUAAGUGCUGGUGCAAUAGCAGGGAUUGUUAUUGGAGAUCUAGCUUUGUUGCUGCUGCUCGUUGUCGUUGGUCUUUGCAUCUACAGAUGGCGUUCCAUAUCAAAAUGGCGUCUAAAUCGACGAACACACGCGGAUGAAGAGCGGCCACCUGAGAAGAAGAUUCAUUCGGACGGCGAGUUACCGAAUAACAUGCGACACGAGAAGGAUGGCCCGGCAGUAUUCGAAGCAGAUGGAUCUGGGCUCGUAGAGCUAUGUUACCAGGGUCUCCGAUUGAACGUAAAUGUGGAGAGGAGUCAUGAGCUAAGCGGUUAUGGCUCAACACCCGUGAGGAUAACGAUCUCGCCAUCUGAGACCCAGAGUCAACGGAGAACGGAUUCGGUUUGCCCUCAAGGCGCAGAAGAGGCAAGGAGAUUUUCAUUCGACAGCCAAGUCUCCACGUGGAUCUAA